UUGCGCUGUUGCGCUGUGCCAUGAAUCUCGACAGAGCGACACGGUACUGUCCCCAAACCAGCAGUUACCUUCCUUCCCUUCGGACUGCAUGCAUUUUGUUGACAGAGUGAUGUCUUUAAAAAAACAGAUUCGUCAAGAGGAAUCUACAACCUUGGAAUAACUUGUGGCUUUCACGCUGGCAUUGGCUUGGAUAUCAGUUGGAAUCGAAUCUGGCAAAAGUUAUCAAUCUCUUUAUCGGCACGAUGUCAACCGGGCUCUCAUCAGUUGUCUUCAAUAAAUCUGUUGUUGGUGGUGUUGGCGCUACACCUAUUAUCAAGAGAAUCUCGAGAAUCUCUUGGAAAAUGGUGGCGUUGCUCCUGAUUUUAUUCCUCUGCAUCACGGAUGCCGCCAUUCGACCUUCUCCUGGUGGGGUGGGUGGAAACAAGGUGGCUGCUCGCCGUCCUCUACCCCGUCUUUGGUAUCGACGCUUUGAAGAAGGAUCGGUGGAAGACGCGGGACGUCGGAUUCCUCGCUUGGAUCAGUUAAGAAACAAAAAGAGCGAGAAGACUCCUUAUCCCCGAGGAUUUGCCGUCGACUUGUCGCUGCUACCCGAAGAACAAACUAUUUCGCGAGAGGCUUUGGCUUCCGAAUUGACAACACUCUUGCAAGGUAUCGAAUCCAUAGCCAAUGACCUGGAUCGGGGCGUAUUCCCUCCUCUGGGUAUCGCCACCGGUGCUGCCGAGGAUAUUGUCACUGGUGCUGCCAAGGAUGCUACCUCCAGGAAACCAAAAAAACAAUCCACUACCAAGGCCGAUAAACUCCAAAAGAUUAAAACAGUGCAGGAAUUGAGACAAGCAGUCCUGGAUGAUGGAAAGGAGUUGAAAGAGUUGCAGCUGGACCCAGAAGCUCAACUUUUAGUCAAUGCUACAGCCCAGGAGCUGCUAAAUCACGAUGUGGUCGAGCUAAUGGUGCAAAGGUUCAAGAGUGGAUCCACGCCAGGCAAUCGAGCUCCCGGGGAUAAUGCUCGGUUGGCACUGGCCAUUGAAGGCGGUGGAAUGAGAGGUGCUGUUUCUGCUGGCAUGGCAUCAGCUAUUGCUUGCCUCGGACUCCAUGAUACCUUUGACGCCAUCUACGGAUCUUCCGCUGGAUCCGUGGUGGGUUCGUACAUGAUUUCAAGGCAGAUGUGCAUGGAUGUCUAUGUGGAUAUCCUACCGGCUGCUAAACGAACUUUUGUAUGUACUAAACGCAUCAUGUCAGCGUUGGCUGUGACUGCCAUGAACAUGUUCCUCUCGGGUGUCAAACAACGAGCUACGCGAAUGGGCAGCAAGAAUACAUCAGCCGAAGACAAUGAAAAGACAAAAGGAUUUGCCUCCAAACUCUCACCAGGAAUGAACAUCAGUUUUGUGUUGGAUGGGAUCAUGGGUCCAGAGCAUGGAAUUCGACCCAUCGACAUGGAAGCCUUUCAGAGAAACGCCAAAAUGCAACCCCUUCGAGUGGCAUCCUCGUACGCCAAAGAUGGAAAACUAUACAGCAGAUGCUUUGGAAGCGAAGAUUUCUUUGGAGACAAACGAGCAGUGCGGGAAGAUGGAACUCGGGAAGGACUCUUUGCGUGCCUAGAGCCCAGCAUGACGGUGCCGGGGGCCACCGGUCCGCCUUCUCGACUCAAGACUCAUGGAAGCGACGACGAAGCAAUCCCCUACUUUGAUGCAUUUUGUUUCGAACCGUUGCCAUACCGGUCGGCAGUCGAAGAAGGAGCGACGCAUGUGCUGGUACUUUGUUCCAGACCAGAGGGCUUUGUGCCCAAAACCAAACCAGGUGUCUACGAACAAGCCAUUGCUCCCCUCUAUUUCAAGUCUCACGGAGAGCCCGAGGUGGCAGACUUUUUCUACCGUGGAGGACAGCUCUACAUUUACUUGGAGGAUCUCCUGACUGUGGAAGAGGGUAAGGUUGCUGGCAUGAAAAAGCAGGGUCCAGUGUCUGUUCCACCCCCUAGACUUUUGUACGGAGUAGAUGCAGACCAUGAGAAUCGUGAACUUGCUACACAUCGGGAUGAAAAGUGGAAGAAGGCUCAUUUGUUGCCGCUAAAGGUGCCAUUUGGUACGCCAGAACUGAAGACAUUAGAGCAAGAGAAAGAUACCGUGAGAGAGGCUGUAAAAGGGGGUUUUGCGGCAGCUUUUGAUCUUCUGGCACCAGCUAUUGGAUUGAAUACUCACCAUCAUUUGACAGGGGCAGAAGUUGCAGCUUUGAUCUUUCCUAAGAAGGCUGGCAUGCUAGAUGAGAUUAUUCUUCGGGAAAAGCUGAGAAUUGACGGUGUCCACAUUGAGCACCGUGAACACCACCACUCAUCAACCACGGAGACUACCCAAGAAGUGGGCAAGGCUUCCUCUGGACGUCGCCGUCGUCGAAACCGAGCAAGUCCCCAAGAAGUGGAUAAGACUCCCUCUGGACGUCGCCGUCGAAUCCGAGCAAGACGGGAUCGAUUCCUCCGUAAUGCUCGCCACGUCUUGAGCAUACUGGCCCGCAACAAACGAAUAUCAGAAGCCAACAACGAGAAAGAACGGAUGGAACAUUCCAUUGACAGUUUGUUGGUGGUUCCGGAUCUCACGCUCCACGGAGGAGGUACACUCGACAAUGACAAGCAGAAGGCAGAACACUUGUUGAACUCACUACCUGGUCUUCGCUAUGGCAGAAUGCCGCAACUAGCAGCUAACCUUCACCAUGUGGCAUCAUCUCCCGAGACCAUCACAACAAACGACGAGACCAGGAAGGCGUGAUUUUGCUGAUGGUUCCAUGCAGCCCUCAACCCACCCUAGAGGUCAUCGCCCCAAGCUAUGGCGGUUUCUCCCAUCCCAUCCCACCAAAUGGACAAUUGUACAUAUCCGCCUCAAAAAAAUGCCACUUAAUAACGAUAACAAGCUUUGAACAUUCGAUCGCCACAGAGCGAGAACUCCAUAGCCAUACUGGUACAUUACUAUGAACAGUGUUUCUUUCUGUCUAAAGAGGAUAUCCCUUCAGAUUUGAUAUGGCAA